CAGAAGUAGCAGCUGCACCAGGGAGCUUUGCCAAAGACCUGCCAGAGUUAGGCAAGGAGCUGGGGCCGAAGAUCACAACAGAGCGGCGCCUCCGCGAAGGAAGGGACAGAAAGAGAACCAAACAGACAGGAGACGCGGCACAAGAGAUCCGGACAGGGACUCGGCAGUUGCUGAAGGUGGUCCCUCCGCUCCCAAAGGUUGGCUAGAGAGUCCCCCUCCACUCACAGCAUAGAUGCACGCCCUGAAUCAGCGGAGUCGUGUUGCAGCCGAAUAAAAGCUUUAGGGUCCUAGGAAAGGGACUGAAGGCACCUCUUCACUCCUUCCCACUGGAAGGAAGCAUCAGGCGUGUGCAUGUGCGCGGGCGCACGAGACCACUCUCGACUAUUGGUGCAUUUCCCCGCAUAAUUCAACUUAAACAGAAAAGCAUCCCUUCUCUAAAGACUGGGGAACUUUUGAUUGUUUUCUGGUGCGGGGAGCGAAAGGGGGGAGGGGGUGGAGCGCAGCUCCCUAGGAAAUCCUCCUUGAGUGCUAAGGAGCCAUCCUGAAAAAAUAAGCACACUCAUCAUAAUACAAGGAUACAUCUGGACUCUGUUUGCGUUUCCUGGCUUUCCUGGGGACGAAGAUGCUGUCCUACGGCGUGCUGGAUGCAAAUGUGGUAGACGUGGAAAAAAGGCGAAAUCCCUCCAAGCACUAUGUGUAUAUCAUAAAAGUAACAUGGUCAGACUCAGCUUGCCAUACCAUCUACCGCAGAUACAGCAAGUUCUUUGAUCUCCAGAUGCAGCUCCUGGAUAAAUUCCCUAUUGAAGGAGGCCAGAAAGAUCCCAAGCAGAGAAUCAUCCCCUUUCUUCCAGGUAAAAUCCUAUUCAGGAGAAGUCAUAUUCGAGAUGUAGCUGUGAAAAGACUAAAACCUAUUGAUGAAUACUGCAGGGCAUUGGUGAGGCUUCCCCCUCAUAUUUCCCAGUGUGACGAAGUCUUCAGAUUCUUUGAGACUAGACCAGAGGACAUAAACCCCCCUAAAGAGGAUUAUGGAUCCUCAAAAAGGAAAUCAGUUUGGAUGUCCGGCUUGUCUGAUUCUCCAAAGAAGGCUAUCGGAGGUGCUGACGCUAGCUCUGAACCCAUGAUCCUGGAGCAGUAUGUGGUGGUGUCUAACUAUGAAAAACAGGAGAACUCCGAGAUUAGCCUGCAGGCUGGAGAGGUUGUGGAUGUAAUAGAGAAGAAUGAAAGUGGUUGGUGGUUUGUAAGCACAUCAGAAGAGCAAGGCUGGGUCCCUGCCACGUACCUGGAAUCCCAAAGUGGAAUUAGAGAUGAUUCUGAAAUUAACAUGUCGAAGGGAGGGGAAGAAGAGAAAUAUGUCACAAUCCAGUCAUAUACCAGCCAAGGGAAAGAUGAGAUCGGGUUUGAAAAGGGAGUCACUGUGGAGGUCAUUCAAAAGAACCUGGAAGGAUGGUGGUACAUAAGGUACUUAGGCAAGGAGGGCUGGGCCCCAGCAUCAUAUCUCAAGAAAAUAAAAGAUGAUCUUUCAUCUAGGAAAAAGAACUUAACAGGACCAGUGGAAAUUAUAGGAAACAUCAUGGAAAUCAGCAACCUGCUGAAUAAGAAAUCCUCGAGUGACAAGGAAACGCAGUCAGAAAUUGAAACUGCAGAAUCCCACAUUUCUAAGAAGGAAAUUAGCUUGCCCAUCUUAUGCAAUGAUUCCAAUGGCAAUGCCAUGGUGGCUCAAGACAAGCAGGUCUCAAAACUGGCACAGGGAUCUCCUGCCAUAGCACGGAUUGCACCUCAAAGAGCUCAAAUUAGCUCUCCCAAUCUAAGAACAAGGCCUCCCCCAAGAAGAGAAUCCAGUUUGGGUUUCCAGCUACCCAAACCCCCUGAGCCACCAUCAGUGGAGGUUGAAUACUACACUAUUGCAGAGUUCCAGUCUUGUAUUUCUGAUGGGAUAAGCUUUCAUGGAGGACAAAAGGCAGAGGUUAUUGACAAGAACUCUGGUGGCUGGUGGUACGUGCAAAUUGGGGAGAAAGAAGGCUGGGCUCCUGCAUCCUAUAUUGAUAAAAGGAAGAAGCCUAAUUUAAAUAGGCGAACUAGUACUUUAACCCGACCCAAAGUCCCUCCUCCAGCUCCUCCCAAUAAGCAAAAAGACACUGAUGAAGGAACAUCUGCAGGGACCAUAACUCCUGGAGAUACCCAGGAUUCCAUGAACAAGCAAAAAUAUGAAGAACCAGAAUAUGAUGUGCCUGCUUUUGGCGUUGACUCAGAAUCUGAGCUGAGCCAAGGAGAAGAUGGAAGCCUGGAGAGGGGCAUGCACCAGCUAAAGCUUUCCCCUGGGUCAUCUCUCCAGAGGGCAAACUCAAGUGUUGGAGAAUCAUCUGAGGAUGUGGCUCAUGAAGAAGAGACUAUAUAUGAAAAUGAAGGAUUCAGACCAUACAUAGAAGAUGGUCUGUCAAGCAAAGAGUCCAGUGGUGAUUCUGAUUCUCAAAGAAGUUCAUCAGUAUCUUUGAUUCAAAAAAAUUCACCAUGUUCUGUUUCUCCCAAGUCCUCGCUUCUUAAGCCCAAAAGUGACAAGGGCAUUCAGCCAAACCUUGGGAAGCCUAACCAUUCCAGGAAUGAGGAAACAAAGCCAAGGUCAGCCUCAGAUGCUGGUUUAAGUAGUGUGUCUAAAUUGGGCUUAAAGAGGGAUCCUGGGGAGAAUUUACCUAGCAAAGCAAAACCAAUGGUGAGGCCUAAACCUUUCCUGAACAAAGCAGACUCUCAGAGUCAAGAAAGGAUGGACAUUAGCACUUUACGCCAUCAGCUAAGGCCCACUGGCCAGCUCAGAGGUGGACUUAAGGGUUCUAGAAGUGAGGAAUCUGAAAGCCCGCCAUAUACAGCUUCUGGAAAUCCAGAAGAGCCCUUCAGAAGAAGCUCUGCAGAUCUCAUUACAGUUCCUCCCCAUACCAUAUUCUGCUCAAACCAGUCAGCCAAAACAGAACAUGAAAACAACUCCUUGAAAUGUCUCUAUAUAACUACUGACUCUUACCAGAAAGUUCAAGAUUCUGAGAUCAGCUUCACAGCAGGCAUUGUGGUGGAAGUAGUGGAAAAAGAAACAAGUGGAUGGUGGUACUUGAAAUAUGGAGACCUAGAAGGAUGGGCUCCUUCUCAGUAUUUGAUGCCCUGUGAUAACCAACAGAAAGAAAUCACAUCCAACGAGACCAACAUUGCACUGGCCAAGAACAGAAGAAAUGAAAGCAAAUCCAACAGCUUGGAGAAGAUAGAGAAGAAGGUCCAGGCACUGAACACGAUCAACCAGAGCAAGAGAGCAACACCUCCUAUUCCCAACAAACCUCCUGGUGGCUUCUCCAAAACAUCUGGACCUGUCAAAUUGCGAAAUGGAGUUAGACAGCUAGCAGUGAGGCCACAAUCUGUAUUUGCCUCCCCACCACCCAAGGACAGCAACCUGUCUUGUUCCUUGCGUAGAAAUGAAUCUCUCACUGCCACGGACCACCUGAGGGCAGUACGCCGCAAUUCAUCUUUCAGCACUGCCCAGUCACAGAUCAGUGAUUCUAAGAUAAAACAAGCUGAUCGGUUGGGCUCUGAGGCAUCUGAGACCACCUCAUACCUACCUACUGAGCGAAAUGGAAUCCCAGUAUCAACAGUCAGGCCAAAACCCAUUGAAAAAUCCCAGUUCAUUCACAAUAAUUUAAAGGAUAUUUACAUCUCCAUUGCAGAUUAUGAGGGCGAUGAAGAAACUGCUGGAUUUCAGGAAGGUGUCUGCAUGGAGGUAUUGGAAAGGAACCCAAAUGGCUGGUGGUACUGUCAGAUCAUGGAUGGUGGGAAACCUUUUAAAGGAUGGGUGCCCUCAAAUUAUUUAGAGAAGAAGAAUUAGAAUGGCAAUGUCUUUAAAUUCCCUAAUUUAUACUUUUCUACUACAUACUUAUGGAGGCAAGGAAAAAUACAGUUACGUAUUUCCUCUUGCUUUGUCAUGUAUACAAGGGACAUUAAAACUGUACUUUGCUUGGAUCAGCAAGUUGGCCAUGUUUUGAGGGGGUGUGAUGCAUGAAGGGUUGGCUGCUUCAGCUAAUACCAAGAAAAGGCAGCUGGAACAAAUGCCUUUUUUGAGAGGUGAAGUCUUUCACAAACCAUGUGCAGCAGGGUACAUUAUCCCACCAUCCUGUUGUAAGAAUAGGAAACCAAUUGUGUGCCUUUCUCAGUAUAUUUUGUACCUAGCUGGCCACUAGGGAAUGUUAGGGAGUUCGUGCCAAACCUGGACAUGCUAAAAAUUGCAGCUUGUUGAAUUUCUUCCACGUGAAGUCUGUAAGUAUUUUCAAGCUGUGGAUGUUUGCCCUAAGAUGUAUUUCGAGUGUGCAACAGAGUAGGUGAUGAAACUAAUUCAACCCAACCAUCAACUAUGACACCCUUCUCAGCAGAUGAUUGUUUGAAGACUCAAAGCCUUUUCACUGUGCAUUACUGGUAUCUGACUCAGACCAUAUUUUUCCCUUAAUACUUCAUUUCUCUCUCUUCCCUUCAACCCCCUGUGGCAUUUAUAGUGCUGUUCUCCUGUGGUAUCCUGUGACAGCAAGUUCAACUGUUUUGUUGGGAAGGGUCAAAACUUUUUUAAAAUUACAAUUUGAAAUGUACCAAAGUCAUAUGUGGUUUCUAGGUGUUCAUGAGCACACUAAAAUGAUGCUUUGUGCACACCUUUUCUGCUUAUUGAUUGGUUUUGUGUUUAGGUUCUCCUGGACAGCCAGUAUUGAUACUUCUUUUAUAAUGGGUCUCAUGCUCCAGUGCUAAUUGAGAUCUUUUCAAAUCUCCCUAGUUGGACUGUGCAGUGGAAAAGGUCUAUACAAAAAAGAAAGCCAUGAUUGUAUGAACCUCUUUACUAUACCAUGACCUGGUGGGUUUGGCUAACUAGCAACAUAACCUUAGCUAAAGGGAAGGGUUUCUUGGCCAUCCUUAUCUUCCUUUUCUUCUUUGGCUGAUCCCUUGUUGUACAGAGCAUAGAUUCAGAAGAUUCCUCCUUCGUGUGACUCUCCUAUUGCUUUUAUGAGGUUCCUAAAGCCAUGUAUGCUUCCUGUCCGUCACUCAUAAAUACUGCAAGGCUCCCAGCUAUCACAGAUGGCAGGCAGGUCUUUUGACUGGGAAACUAAGCUGACAGUCAUUGCACUGUGGUAGCGAAGCAAUGGCUUCUUCAGGAUUGUCUUAGAAGUUCUGUUGCUCGUCUCCUUGGGGCUACUGGAAUGGAGUCCAAUGAUCUGCAUGUCCACCAUAUGAAAGUGAGAGCUGAAUCUGGCAUCUAACAUUUUCUUUUCACAGUGCAUUCUCACAGCCAGGAUGCAUCACAUAGAUAAAAGUUCCAAGUGAUUGAAUUAUCCCUGAGUGUCGGUGAAAGCUCUGGAAUUUACUUCUACAUAAUAUAUUUGCAGUCCAAAGCCCACAUUGGCUGGAGUUUCCCAUUCUUUGCAAUAAAGGGGAAACCUUUACAUGAGCAUAGAGAGACUGAAUCCCCACUGUACAUGCAGAACAUUUCUUAUAGAAGAAAAUGAGGAGAUAUGUGUGUACAUUGUAGUUUCUGCAUCACAGCCUAGCAGCCAUUCCUGAAUGAUACUGAAAAUACUGGAUUGGUAAUGCCCGUGCCUCAAAAGGAGGAGGAGCUUGCACAGUGUAUGACAUUUUCAAACAGCAGCAUUUUCAUUUGUCAGAGAAGCAUCAGUGUUUACAAAGAAGUGGGGAGAGAGAAGAAGCUAUGGAUUUUUACACUCUGCACCAUCUUUGUAUAUUUGAGGAAUAUCUGUUUUCUGGGGGGCCCCCAAAGAAAACUGUAGCAAAUACUCACUUCGCUGUUGGUUCUGUAUUGGGAGGAAAGCACCUGAGUUUUUCACACUCACGGAAUGGAAAUUGCAUGAGCGUGCCAUUAGGUGAAGAAUGUUGCUAAGCAUGAAACAUGUGGUAUCCCAUUUUGCCUUCUCUCACUCAAUUUCCUUCCUCACUUAUUUAUUAUUUCAAGAUAUGAUACCUUGUGGUACAACAUGGACAAGAUUAAAACCACUGGGGAAAGGCUUGGGGUGCAAAAAUGUAUUUUGAUGUGGCUUCAAACAUCUGCUCAUAAAUAAACCCUGUAUCUAUAAAAGAAGCCUCAGAAGACCUUUGUUUAAGAACACUAGAGGUCAGACAAGAGCUUGACGUUCUGUCUUUAGGGUCACCAUUUUGUGUAUCAAGAGGGAAAAACACCCAUUGGGUUUUGCUGUAACUGUGACACAAUAAGUAGCUCUCUUGUCUUCUAGCAAUUGCUUAUUCCUGUUACAGGUUCAAAGAUAAAAGGAUAGGAAGGUUUUAAUUAGCUCAAAUUAGUUUUCUUCUAAAGACGUUAGCAUACUAUGAAGAGGCGGUGUUUUGUUUGGUUUCCCCCAUUAUGCAAUUUUUGCCUCUCACUCUAUUUAGUGCUCCUUGCAUACUUGUAUUAAAAUUACUAUGGCAAGUGCCAAGGGAUUGAUUUCUGCCACUCAUGUUGCUAUUGGCCUUUCACUUUGAUCAUCUGACACCAUCAAAGGUUGACCCACCCAGGUUCUGUUGCUAUAGUUCAAUUAGCAUGGACAAAGAGGUGGCAUGGGGCAAGGAGGGAAACUUCACUAAAAUUAGGCAGGGAGAAGAACAUUAUCUACAUUGUGAAAAUGGUGCAGAUUUGGUCCAAAGCAGCGAAAACCAUCUUAAAGUUUUUCUUCCUGAGGCCUAGCAGCUCUGGAAGUUCCCUCCAUUUUUCAGUCCUGCUAAAAUCUUAGCAGCCAUUUAAAGGAUUGC